CAUGUUUUUUUCUCUUUUGCUGAUUUAAUUUAAUUGAUUGAUGAGAAAUGGCUGUGAACGAAUGGAUCAAUGGGUAUUUAGAGGCGAUAUUGAGUAGUAAACCAUCGAAUAUUGAAGAUAGCAAGGUGAAUUUGCGAGACCAAGGGCAUUUUAAUCCGACAAAGUAUUUCGUUGAAGAAGUCGUUACAGGAGUCGAUGAGACUGAUUUGCAUCGGACAUGGAUCAAGGUCGUCGCUACACGAAACACCAGAGAAAGAAGUUCCCGACUCGAGAAUAUGUGUUGGCGUAUUUGGCAUCUCACUCGCAAGAAGAAACAGUUGGAAUGGGAGGAUUAUCAACGGAUACAAAAGCGGAAGUUUGAAAGAGAACAAGGGCGAAGUGAUGUAAGGGAGGACAUGUCUGAAGACUUGUCUGAAGCAGAAAAAGGAGACAUUCUUGGGGAACCAGCGACAGUGUCAGGUGAGAGCCCAAAGAAGACUUACCAACAUAAUGCCUCUACAGUGGAAGUUUGGUCAGAUGAUAAAAAAGAGAAGAAGCUUUACAUUAUCCUCAUCAGUUUGCAUGGUUUGGUACGUGGAGAUAAUAUGGAGCUUGGUCGCGAUUCUGACACCGGUGGUCAGAUCAAGUACGUAGUAGAGCUUGCUCGAGCUCUUGCUAAAACGCCCGGGGUAUAUAGAGUUGACCUUUUCACGCGCCAAGUGUCCUCACCCGAAGUAGAUUGGAGCUACGGGGAGCCAACAGAGAUGUUGACAGCUGGCACUGACGAUCCCGAUGAUGACGUUGGUGAAAGCAGUGGAGCUUACAUUAUAAGAAUACCCUUCGGCCCACGUGACAAGUAUCUUCGCAAGGAAUUACUUUGGCCUUAUAUUCAAGAAUUUGUAGAUGGGGCCCUCGCACACGUUCUCAACAUGUCCACGGUUUUAGGCGAACAAAUUGGUGGAGGACAUCCAAUUUGGCCGUAUGUGAUUCAUGGUCAUUAUGCGGAUGCAGGCGAUAGUGCGGCUAUCCUUUCGGGUGCUCUUAAUGUUCCCAUGGUUUUAACGGGGCAUUCGCUUGGUAGAAACAAACUAGAGCAACUUCUUAAACAAGGUAGACAAUCAAAGGAAGAUAUUAAUUCGGCUUAUAGGAUUAUGAGGAGGAUAGAAGCAGAAGAGCUUUCGUUAGAUGCGGCUGAACUUGUGAUUACAAGUACUAAACAAGAAGUUGAUGAACAAUGGGGACUUUAUGAUGGUUUUGAUGUUAAACUUGAGAAAGUUUUACGGGCUCGUGAUAGACGGGGUGUGAAUUGCCAUGGUCGCUAUAUGCCAAGGAUGGCGGUUAUUCCUCCUGGAAUGGAUUUUAGCAAGGUGAUCCAAGAACAAGAAAAUGACAAUGAUGAUCUAUCAUUAACCACCGAAGGCAAUUCUCCAAAAGCAGUACCACCAAUAUGGCAAGAAGUAAUGCGGUUUUUGACAAAUCCACACAAACCAAUGAUAUUGGCAUUGUCAAGACCAGAUCCAAAGAAAAACAUUACCACCCUUUUGAAGGCUUUUGGAGAAUGUCAUUCUUUGAGAAAGCUUGCUAAUCUUACACUUAUAAUGGGGAACAGAGACGAUAUUGAUGAAAUGACUGCUGGAAGCGCAAGUGUCCUCACAACCGUAUUAAAACUGGUGGACAAAUAUGACCUUUACGGACAAGUGGCAUUCCCUAAGCAUCAUAAACAAAAUGAUGUUCCGGAAAUUUAUCGUCUUGCUGCCAAAACUAAGGGAGUUUUUAUAAAUCCUGCUUUGGUUGAACCUUUUGGGCUUACUUUGAUUGAGGCUGCAGCUCAUGGACUUCCAAUGGUUGCAACUAAAAACGGUGGUCCUGUUGACAUUCAUAGGGCAUUGAACAACGGGCUACUAAUCGAUCCACACGAUCAACAAGGAAUCGCAAACGCUCUUCUCAAACUUGUAUCCGAAAAGAACUUAUGGCAAGAAUGCCAAAAAAGCGGCUGGAGAAACAUCCACCUCUUUUCAUGGCCGGAACACUGUCGGACAUACCUGACACGUGUCGCAUCAUGUCGCAUGAGACACCCCGCAUGGAAAACCGACACACCCGCCGACGAAUUACCAAGGGACGAAUCCUUAAACGACUCACUCCGAGACGUACAAGACACGUCAUUACUCCUCUCCAUCGACGUCGACAAAUUCUCCUCCAUUAACGACUCAUCCGACGGCGGAGGCGCAGAUAUCCAAGACCAAGUCAAACGGGUCAUGAGCAGGAUGAAAAAACCCUCAUCGGAAAAAGUCGGCGAGGUUAGUAACAGUAACAGUAAGUAUCCGAUGUUAAGGAAGAGACGAAGGUUGAUUGUUAUAGCGGUUGAUUGUUAUGAUGUAAACGGAGCUCCGGAGAAAUCGAUGAUUGGGAUGAUUCAGGAGACGUUUAAAGCGAUUAAAUUGGAGGCGCAGUUGGGGAAAGUCACCGGAGUUGCUAUAUCGACGGCGAUGCCGUUGUCGGAGUUAAUGGAGUUUUUGAAAUUGGGGAAAAUUAAAGUGAAUGAGUUUGAUGCGGUGGUUUGUAGUAGUGGGAGUGAGGUGUAUUAUCCGGGUACGUGUGAAGAAGGUGGUGAGUUGUACCCGGAUCCGGAUUAUGCGUCGCAUGUGGAUCACAGGUGGGGGUCUGAUGGGAUUAAGAAGACGAUUUGGAAGCUGAUGAAUGGAGAUGAAGAAGGGAAAAAUUUGAAGGUGAUUGAAGAAGAUGUGAAAUCGAGCAACUCUCAUUGCUUAUCGUACUUGAUAAAAGACGUGAAAAUGGCAAAGAAGGUGGAUGAUUUGAGACAAAAAUUUAGAAUGAGGGGCUUAAGGUGUCAUCUUAUGUAUUGUAGAAACUCCACAAGAAUGCAAGUGAUUCCUCUCCUUGCGUCUCGAUCACAAGCCCUAAGGUACUUUUUUGUGCGGUGGAGGCUAAAUGUAGCGAAUAUGUACGUGGUCCUUGGUGAAACGGGUGACACGGAUUACGAAGAACUGAUAGCAGGGACCCACAAGACGCUUAUUCUAAAAGGAGUUGUGAAAAAUGGUUGUGAAGAGUUGCUUAGAAGCCGCGGUAGCUACUUGAAAGAGGACAUAGUUCCUGAAGAAAGCCCGCUGAUUGCUUAUGUUAAUGGAACCAAUGCUGAAGAGAUUGCUAAUGCUUUAACAAAGGUCUCUAAAUGCGAUGCAUGAUUAAAUUAUAUAUAUAACUACUUUAACUAUUCUUAAACCCUAAACGGG